GGCUCCUUGGUGCCGCGUCGGGAGAGAGACAAGCGGGGAGAGCGCGGCGGCGGCUCCUCCGGGAACAAAGAGGGGAGCGCGGCAGCGAAAUGAGCAAAGUCUGAAGAGGCAUGGAUGUAACAUGAGUCCCUUUACGUACUCAGAAUAGAUAUGAAUUUUGCGAAAGUUUAUUUUUUGGUAAAUUAAAUAAAAAUGGAUGAAUCGGCUUUGUUGGAUCUGUUGGAGUGUCCUGUUUGCUUAGAACGUCUUGAUGCUUCUGCAAAAGUCUUGCCUUGCCAACAUACAUUUUGCAAACGUUGUUUGCUGGGCAUUGUGAGUUCUCGAAAUGAGCUUCGUUGCCCAGAAUGUAGGACUUUAGUUGAUUGCAGUGUUGAUGAACUUCCCAGCAAUAUUCUACUGGUUAGACUACUGGAUGGCAUCAAGCAAAGGCCCUGGAAACCUGGCACUGGUGGUGGGACUAGUUGCACAAAUGCAUUAAGAGCCCAGAGCAGCACUGUCGCUAGCUGUGGUUCAAAAGACCCACAGAGCUCACAAGGUGGACAGCAGCAAAGAGUACAAGCACGGAGUCCCCCUGUUAGGGCUAUACCUCAGUUACCGUGUGCCAAAGCAUUAUAUACCUAUGAGGGAAAAGAACCUGGAGAUCUUAAAUUCAAUAAGGGUGACAUCAUCAUUUUACGUCGGCAAGUGGAUGAAAAUUGGUACCACGGAGAAGUCAGUGGUGUCCAUGGCUUUUUUCCUACCAACUUCGUUCAGAUUAUUAAACCUUUACCUCAACCUCCGCCUCAGUGCAAAGCACUUUAUGACUUUGAAGUGAAAGACAAGGAAGCAGACAAAGACUGUUUGCCAUUUUCAAAGGAUGAUGUGCUGACUGUGAUUCGCCGAGUAGAUGAAAACUGGGCUGAAGGAAUGCUGGCUGACAAGAUAGGGAUAUUUCCCAUUUCGUAUGUUGAGUUUAAUACGGCAGCCAAGCAGCUGAUAGAGUUGGAUAAGCCCUCAGGUUCUGUUGUUGACUCUGGAGAAGGUACCUCUGGGGCAUCCCACAACAAUUCAGUCCAAAAGCACACUGAUACAAAGAAGAACACCAAAAAACGGCAUUCCUUUACCUCCCUUACCAUGUCCAACAAGUCCUCGCAGUCUUCUCAAAACCGUCACUCAAUGGAAAUAAGUCCUCCUGUCCUCAUCAGCUCCAGUAACCCCACAGCGGCUGCCCGAAUAAGUGAACUGACAGGCCUCUCCUGCAGUGCUCCUUCUCAGGUUCAUAUCAGUACCACAGGACUAAUUGUGACCCCACCCCCUAGCAGCCCGGUUACAACUGGGCCUUCAUUUACCUUCCCAUCUGAGGUCACCUACCAAGCUGCUCUUGGCAAUAUGAAUCCCCCCCUUCCGCCACCACCUCUUUUGUCUGCCACAAUCAUUGCUUCAACAUCUUCAGGGCUGCCUUCUCCAGGAGUAAUACAAAGGCCUGCAUCAGGAUCAACUGACCAAACAGCACAUUUACGGCCACAGUCUCGACCAAGUGUGUAUAUUGCCAUAUAUCCAUACAGUCCUCGAAAAGAGGAUGAACUGGAACUGCGAAAGGGGGAGAUGUUUUUAGUGUUUGAACGUUGUCAAGAUGGCUGGUUCAAAGGAACCUCCAUGUAUACAAGCAAGAUUGGUGUUUUCCCUGGCAAUUAUGUGGCACCAGUCACAAGGACGGUGACAAGUGCUUUGCAAGCAAAAGUCCCCAUGUCUACUGCUGGCCAGACAGGACGAGUGAUGACCAUGGUCAGCCCUUCCACUGCUGGUGGAACAUCACAGAAACUUCAGGGGAAUGGCCUGACCGUCCAUUCCAAUGUGGUCCCAACCGCUGUGGUUUCUGCGGCACAUAUCCAAACUAGUCCACAAACCAAGGUUCUUAUGCACAUGUCGGGGCAAAUGACAGUCAACCAGGCUCGCAGUGCUGUUAGAACAGUACACAGCCAAGAAAGACCUACAGCAGCAGUGAUGCCGAUACAGGCUCAGAGUUCAGCAUGCCUCAUUCCUGCAGCUGUGAUCAUCCCCCACCAUUCUGUUGCUUCCCAGCAGCUCCAGCCUCAGCUUUCAAAUGCUGCUGCUUACGUCACUCCUGUGAAUAUCAGCCGAUCAAAUGUUCCACUAGCUUGUGCAGCAGCUUCUUUAAACUCUUCCAGCAUCACCUCUGCAUCUUUAGAUGGAGACAUGAGUGGGAGAGCUGUGAGUGUUCACCUUGGGGCUCCUGCUUCUCCUGAAAAUGCUUUAGCAGCUGGUGGGAAUACUGCAGUCAGUAAACCAGACAAGGAUAACAAGAAAGAAAAAAAAGGUUUGCUCAAGUUGCUUUCUGGAGCAUCUACCAAACGCAAGCCCCGAGUGUCACCUCCAUCAUCACCAACUCUGGAGGUUGAGCAAGCAGCUGCAGAGAUGGCCCUGCAGGGCGCAGUAGGGCCUGAGGUUCCAUCAGCUGUCAGCCAUGGCAGAGCUGGAUCCUGUCCUGUGGACAAUGAAGUCUCUGCAGCAGCACCAGCACAGGAGACUCUGCAUCGGAAAACAAGUUCUUUGGAUUCCAGUAUUCCUAUAGCACCUCCCCCUCGGCAGCCAUGUUCCUCAUUGGGCCCUGUCCAGAAUGAAUCCAGGCCUGUUGUUUGUGAAAGAUACAGGGUCGUGGUCUCCUAUCCCCCUCAGAGUGAAGCAGAACUUGAACUUAAGGAAGGGGACAUUGUUUUUGUACACAAAAAACGUGAGGAUGGCUGGUUCAAAGGCACACUGCAACGAAAUGGAAAAACUGGCCUUUUCCCUGGCAGCUUUGUAGAAAACAUCUGAGAAGAUCCUUUUCAACAGAUGCAAAUCACACUACACUAUAAAAUAGCACAAAUAUAUUAGCAGAAAGAGUGCAGUCAUGGAAGUCUUUCAAAUGACAGUAAUAUAAAAAAAUAUAUAUUUCUCCAGUGUUCUAUAGCACAAUUGAAAGCAAACAAAGAUGAUGAAGGCAUCUGCUAUUUUUAUCCCAUUGGAUUCUUAAGUGUAAUGUGUGCCUUGUACUGUCUCAUUUAUUAUACAGGGGAACUCUUUUUCCUUCAAAGAUGUUACACAAACGAACAAUUGUUUACAAGGCUGUAACUAAUUUAUUCUUUCUUUAAAACUUGAAUUUUGUGUAAUCGCUAAAUUCUUGUGAUUUAUGAUUUUAACAAAUUAUUAAUUUAUGAAAUGUUAGCUAAGGGGAAGCUGGAUUCUCUCCUUUUGAGUGAGUGAUUAUCUCUAACAUAGAGCCUCCCAUUUUUCCUCCUGACUUUUUCCCCCACUGUGUAUGACAGUGGAAUUAGUCUUUGUUUUAUGGGUUAAUGUUGAGUUGUGGUGAUGAUGUGAUGUCAAACUGAAAUUGCAAACUGGGAAAAAAUGGAAUUGUGUGGUUUUUUUCCUUAGGACAGAAUAUAUCAGUUGUUCUUGAGUCUAAUUCUGCUUCUUAAUAACUGCCCAAGCAGUGUAACAUUUCUGGAAGGCAAAGGCAUAACAGUGCAACUGAAUAAACCUCAAUAGUCUGAAGGAUGGGAAGGAAGAAAUUGAGAGGAUGCCAAUAAGAAAUUCCCUGUAGCUUCUGUUUGUUCAAGAAUUUGGAUAGCUGAACAAAGUUUAACUUUGCAUAUUUGGCUAGUUCUUUGAGCAUUUAGUACUCUCAGGAUAUAACUGAGAUAAAAAGAAUGUUAAAGCACAACAGUAGAACAAAUUGAAAGCUUAUGCUCAAAUAAAUUUGUUAGUCUCUAAAGUGCCACAAGUACUCCUUUUCUUUUUGCGAAUACAGACUAACACAGCUGCUACUCUGAAACUUCUAGUUUGAUAACAGCAACUUAUUUCCUAGGGUUGAAAACUUGAGUAAAAUUCAAGUUGUAUUCAAUGUCUAAAAAUGCCUAAGAAAUUUAAUUUGCUUUGUUUUCUUUUCAAAGUGAUUUGCAUGGCCAGGAGACGUUUUAAAAUGUUUGAGCAAUAGUGAUGGUAAGUGAUGCACUUGUGUUAAAGUAAAAAGUUGUGAAGAGACACUGUGAAAACUUCGCUAAAUUUUUAACCGUUGCUACUUUGAUACAUUCUGACUUUUUCAUUGUCUUGCAUGUAUUACUGAAAUCUCACAGUAAUGUAAACUGUGCAUGGUUUGUAUUUUUCAUUCCAAUUUCCUGUUGUGGGUUAUUUUGCUCUGGAAUUUGCCCAUUGCAGGGGAUAUUAAGUAAACCAGAAUUCUGUUGUAGUCCAAAAUCCACUGACCAAGACUAGUGAGUGACUCACUCUCAAUACAGUAAGUAUCCAGUGUUUGAGUCAGUAAUAAAACAUUUUUAAAUCACUCCAGGUGAUAGGUGUAAAGAAGACAUCCUGCAAGAAGAACACUACUUUUACUCUUUGCGGGUUUUGUGAGAGGUUUGAUGCUGGGGAACCCACAGCAUCCAGCCGAGCUUGUCUUUUUUACGUUGCUUAAUUAUAAUGAUUUCAUUGCUUUCACUUGCAAGGUACUAAGCACCAUCAAUUCCCAUAAAAGUCAAUGGAAGUUGAGGAUGUUCAGCAUCUCACAAAGUGGGGCCAGUAGUGUGAUUGUAAUGUUGUGCAACACACAGAAAGAGGAAUAUACUAGCUGGUGAUGAAUUAAGUCAUUGGCAUAACUUCUGAUUAAAAUGCAGCUGAAAAUUUAAUUUUAAGAAUUACAAAUGGAAGAAUAAUAAACAUUAACCAUAAGGAUUUCUUGCAAUAUCAGGUAGUGUCAUGAUGGUCUUAAAAAUAAAUAUCUAUAAAUAUAUAUAGCUGGAAAGGACAUCAUUCCUAAGCUAACCAUCUGUAUGAAACACUGUACAAUUCAGUUCUUCUGCUUUUAAAAUAUUUUUAAAUAAUUUACUUGAAUAUUCAUGUAAUAUAUUAAGGUUUUGUGAAAUGAACUUUAGUUAGAAAGAAGCUGUCAUCAGCUUUCAUCAGCAUAAAUUGACACUAAUGUGUCAAAAUAUUCUUAUUUUGGGAAAUUAGUGCAUUUUAUAUUUUAAAAAAAGACUACUAAAGGUUUAAAAAAAACAUUUUUUUCUAGCUCUCUACUCUCCAUACUUUGUGACUAAAGUACCUCUAUUCAUAAGGUUUCAAGGUGUAAAGUCAGUUAAAAUAUCAGCUGUUAAUAGUUCUGUUAGAUUAAAUACAUUUUCUAUUGACUUUUUAAAGACACUAAAUUAAUGUUUUGUAACAAGGGCUUGUUACACAGCAGUGCAACAACGAUUUAAAAUGCAGUUUAUCAUGCCUUUCUUGUGAUCUUUGUAGGGUUGGUUUUUGUUUUUUUGGGAUUAAGUCAGUGUAAAAACAGACAAACCCUGUGCAUUUGUUUUAUGUAAUUCCAUAAAGAAUUUUUGUAAAAUAUUUUAUGUCUAUCUUUGUGGUCCAGGAAAUGUUAAGUAUUGAUUUAUUGUGUUAAGCUCCUAUUCCUAAUAAAUAUUUUCUUAGCAAACAU